AUGCUGUUGUUCUGGACACUGAGUCUGGCCUUGCAGGGGCCUCCAAUGCUGGAGGCCGCGCGUGUUCUGUGCGCUCCAAACCUCCCAAUAGAUGCAAAUGCCCUUCGUCAUCCGGCAAACAUCAAAGGCCUGGCAAUGAAGCUGCGUGCCGCUGCUUUGAACGCGCAGGGAGAUCGCCUCUUUCAAGCCCAACAAAGCUGGUGCUACGUUGAGAGGGCGGAAGCGACGACUCAAACUGAUGACAUGGCCCCAAGGGCAGAAGAAGCAGACAGCAUCAAGAAUGAGAACGGCAAUCUUAGGCCUCCUCAAGACGUGAGCUUGGACAAAGAGGAGGUAACAUUCCUUCAUCUCAAGCCCGGAAGGGCCUGCGUCAAAAUCGCGUGUGGGGGAUACGACGCAACAGGAGCGACUGCAUUGGGCACCACCUCCACGAGAAGGGUCGCCACCAAAAGCCACCUUCUUGGAUCGCCUUCCAACAAGCGUGCUGUUGCUGUGAGCACUGGGACCUCAACACCUCAAAUGCCCCAAGGACUUGCACUAGGAGAGGGUCCAAAGCAGGACAUGCCUUUUGGUCCUUCUCCAUGA